AUGGCUGAUGCUAAUGCAGAAUGCAAUAUCAAGGUGUUGUGCCGAUUUCGACCACUGAACCAGUCCGAAAUUAUCCGCGGAGAUAAGUUCAUCCCAAUAUUUCAAGGAGAAGACACUGUCAUCCUCGGGGGGAAGUCGUACAUAUUCGACCAGGUGUUCCCCACUAACACCACCCAGGAACAGGUCUACAACACCUGUGCCAAGCAGAUUGUCAGAGACGUACUGGGUGGAUAUAAUGGGACUAUCUUCGCCUAUGGGCAGACUUCCUCAGGAAAGACACACACCAUGGAGGGGAACCUUCAUGAUCCCCAGGGAAUGGGAAUCAUCCCCCGGAUCGCUGAGGACAUUUUUGAACAUAUAUUUGCCAUGGAUGAGAACCUAGAAUUCCAUAUCAAGGUAUCCUACUUUGAAAUCUACAUGGAUAAAAUCCGGGACCUGCUUGAUGUGACAAAAACCAACCUGUCAGUACAUGAGGAUAAAAACAGAGUCCCUUAUGUGAAGGGCUGCACCGAGCGCUUUGUCACAAGUCCCGAGGAAGUGAUGGAUGUGAUAGAUGAAGGGAAGGCCAACCGCCAUGUAGCUGUCACCAACAUGAAUGAGCACAGUUCCCGCAGUCAUAGCAUCUUCCUGAUAAACAUCAAACAGGAAAAUGUGGAGACGGAGCAGAAGCUGAGUGGAAAGCUGUACCUGGUCGACCUAGCUGGUAGUGAGAAGGUCAGUAAGACAGGUGCAGAGGGAGCGGUGCUUGAUGAGGCCAAGAACAUCAACAAGUCUCUGUCGGCCCUGGGGAACGUCAUCUCGGCCUUGGCCGAGGGAACGAAAUCCCAUGUGCCGUACCGUGACAGCAAAAUGACUCGCAUCCUGCAGGACUCGCUGGGUGGCAACUGUCGCACCACCAUGUUCAUCUGUUGCUCUCCCUCUAGCUACAACGAUGCAGAGACCAAAUCCACCUUGAUGUUUGGCCAGCGAGCCAAGACCAUUAGGAAUACUGUAUCAGUGAACCUGGAGCUCACAGCAGAGCAGUGGAAGAAGAAGUAUGAAAAGGAAAAGGAGAAGAACAGGUCAAUGAAGGAGACUAUCCAGAGGCUUGAGGCUGAGCUCAACCGCUGGAGGAACGGUGAGGAAGUUAAUGUGUUGGGGCAGUUGAGUGAAGGAUCCGAGGAUGUUUCCCUGGUGCCUCCAGAAUCUGAGGAGCCAGCUCUUGACAUCUGCAGCCCCUGCAGCCCCUGUUCCAUUGCAUCCUCCAUUGUGGUUCACAUUUCCGAGGAGGAGCGGCAGAAGUAUGAGGAGGAGAUCCGCAAGCUGUACAAACAGCUGGAUGAUAAGGAUGAUGAGAUCAACCACCAGAGCCAGAUGGUGGAGAAGCUGAAGGAGCAGAUGCUCAACCAGGAGGAGCUCUUAGCAUCAUCCAGGGGCGACAGUGAGAAGGUGCAGUCAGAACUCGGCAGGCUGCAGACAGAGAAUGAAUCUGCUAAGGCGGAGGUGAAGGAGGUCCUCCAGGCCCUUGAGGAGCUGGCAGUCAACUACGACCAGAAGAGCCUGGAGGUUGAGGAGAAAAGCAUGCAGAACAAGCUCCUGGCGGAAGAGCUCGCAAAGAAAAUGGGUCACCUGAUGGCCUUAGAGGCUGAGCUGUCCCGUAUCCAAGAAGUGAGCAGCCACCAGAGGAAACGCAUCGCUGAGAUUCUCAACGGGCUCAUGAGGGACCUUAGUGAAUUCAGCACCAUCGUUGGUAACAAGGAGAUCAAGCUGCCCAUAGAAAUCACUGGUGCGAUCGAGGAGGAGUUCACUGUGGCUCGCCUCUACAUCAGUAAGAUAAAGUCGGAGGUGAAGUCCAUGGUAAAGCGCUGCCGCCACUUGGAGAACCUUCAGAUGGAGUGUCACCGCAAGAUGGAGGAGACGGGAAGAGAGCUGUCUUCGUGCCACCUCCUCAUUUCACAGCAUGGGGCAAAGAUCCGCUCUCUGACAGAGUACAUGCAGAACGUGGAGCUGAAGAAGAGACAGCUGGAGGACAGCUACGACUCUCUGAGUGAGGAGCUAGCCAAACUCCAAGCUCAAGAGAGCAUGUCACAGAUGACCAGGGGGGAGAAUCACACGUCUGUCCAGGGCGGCUGUGAUAUAAAGAGGGCUCUGGAGCAGCAGAUGGAGUUACACCGUGAGGCGCACAGCAAACAGCUUGCCUGCCUGCGAGAUGAGAUCAAUGAGAAGCAGAGGAUCAUCGACGACUUAACUGACUGUAACCAGAAACAGCAGUUGGAGUUGGAGCAACUGCACGAUGACUUUGAACGUCUCAGGUGCCAGGAGCAUCACAAGAGCCGGCAGCUGGAGGAACUGACAUUCCUCCAUGAGCGACAUGAGCAGUCCAAGCAGGACCUCAAAGGGCUGGAGGAGACUGUUGCUCGUGAGCUCCACACCCUGCACAACCUCCGCAAGCUUUUUGUUCAAGACCUCACGACUCGAGUUAGAAAAAGUGCAGAGCUGGAGCCUGAUGAUACUGGGGGAUACAUCACCCAGAAGCAGAAGAUUUCCUUUCUUGAAAACAACCUGGACCAGCUUACAAAAGUUCACAAACAGCUGGUGCGUGACAAUGCAGACCUUCGCUGUGAGCUUCCAAAGCUGGAGAAACGUCUUCGGUCUACGGCUGAGCGAGUUAAGGCGCUGGAGGGUGCACUGAAGGAGGCGAAGGAAGGAGCCAUGAAGGACCGCCACCGCUACCAGCAGGAGGUGGAACGAAUCAAAGAUGUGAUGAGGGCCCGCAAUCCCUUCCGCCGGCCCCAUGCUGCACAGAUAGCCAAGCCCGUCCGUCCUGGCCACUACCCUGCCUGUUCUCCAACCAACCCCUUCUUCAUCCGAGGCUACAGCGAUCACCCCGUUGCGUUCUGCAAUGCUGUUUUCCAUAACAACAACAACCAACAAGCGGCUGCUUCUGCUGCUCCUGCAUCACCAGAGGACGAGCCCCGGUUACCUGAAACCAACUCCAACCAGAACAGCCCCGUCAAACACCUCGACUGCCAAAACAACGACACACACGACAACGACGUUCAGAGCACAGUGCUUCCAGCUGGACCAGCGAGCCAAGCAGACAGCAAUACAGCAGAGCUGCUCGAUUCAGAAAACGAACUGACGUCUGUGACAAUCAGGACCCAGCCAAACUCUACAACCCGCAGCCAGAGGCCUCAGCCAGCUAAUGGUCCUGAGCAGGUAAGAAUUUUUUCUGAGGCCUCCUCUGUAAAUCUGCAUGCAGCCGAUCACAGUCCUCCCAGACUCCCCUUCUUCUCCCAUCCUCACCUGCUGUAA